UGCGGCAGGAGUGUGGCAGGCCUAUAGGUAGCCGGCACUACAAUCAGACUGAAUCAGUAGUGUUUUGUUCUGCUAGAAGAUUUGUAUGUUUAACGGUUUCGAUUUACAUUGUAUUGCGUGUCGACUAAAUUAUUAAAUCUGUCUGUAAUCUUCUAAGUGGCUUCCAGAAUUACCAGUAGAUACCACCGUACCGAAAAUGAAUGCAGCAGUGGCAUUAGCAGAGGAUAUUUUGGGCCACAAGCCCGUCAGCACGGGCACCGUCCAGCCAGUGACCAGUUCAACGGAGACGAUGCACGCCAUCGUUUGGCGCGGCGCCAAGGAUAUGCGCUACGAAGUCCCCAAACCAAUGAUCAGCGAAAAGCAUGACGUGCUCCUGCGCGUCACUGCCACCACCAUCUGCGGGAGUGAUCUGCAUCUGUACAGUGGAGACUUGCCUGGGAUGCGGUCAGGGGACAUUGUCGGACAUGAAUUUAUGGGGGUAGUGGAGCAAAAAGGUGAGAAUGUGCAGCUGCCGAUCGGCGCGCGUGUCGUUGUGGCUUUUGGCAUCGCCUGUGGGAAAUGUCCCUGGUGUAAGCGUGAAGAAUACACCGGCUGUGCGACUACCAACCCCAGUGUGCUGACGCAGAAGCUCUACGGGCAUGCACUGACUGGAGUGUUCGGAUACGGCCAUCUGGUUGGCGGAUACUGGGGUGGUCAAGCCGAGUACGUCCGCGUGCCGUUCGCCGACAUCAACUGCCUCCCCAUUCCCGAUGAUGUGCCGGAUGAGAAGGCCCUGUAUUUGUCGGAUGUGAUUUGUACGUCGUUCCACGCUUGCGAGAUGGGAGGCGUGAAAGAGGGCGACACUGUGGGAAUUUGGGGGCUGGGUCCGAUUGGACUGGCGACUGCCCGUUGGUGCCAGAUCCUGGGUGCAAAGCAGAUUAUUGGUAUUGCAGGAACGGAAGAUCGUCUGGACAUUGCCAGCAAGCUGGGCAUUGGUGUGAUUAACUACCACGAGAAGGACGUGGUUAAAACCAUUCAAGGGAUGGUUCCUGAUGGCCUGGACGUGGCCAUUGACUGUGCCGGCUUCCGCUUUGCUAAGGGCAUCUUUCAUAAAAUGCAGCGUGCACUCCUGCUGGAAACCGACACUCCCGAGAUUAUUACCGAAUGCUGCCAGUGCGUCCGUCAGUUCGGGAAGGUUUCCGUCAUUGCUGACUACGGUGGAUUCGCCAAUCAGUUUCCCAUUGGGAUGAUUGGCAUGAAGCAUCUAACUCUAAGUUCCGGACAGUCGCCGACUCAGCGUAUCUGGAAUAUGGCCUUGGACAAGAUUCGCAGUGGGGAAUAUGACCCAUCGUUCUUUGUUACUCACCAUAUGCGCUUAGCGGAUGUUCCGGAUGCGUACAAGAAGUUUUUCAAUCGUGAAGAUGGGAUGGUCAAGAUUUUUGUGCGGCCAUAGACUGCAUUGUACGGAUAGUCUCCUUGUAAAAACUUCUGUUGUGCCUUCUUGAUUGGAACACUCAUGAGUCAUGACUCUUGUCGUUUUUUCCAGUACUGUAAGUGCUGUACUCAACGCGUACAAUUACAUAUCGCAACUGAAUUUCACUUGCCUAAUUCCAUGUCGGUGUUAAUUUUUUAAAUCAAUUAAAAUGUUUUGGUAAAUGGUAUCAUAUCAUGUCUUUUAACUAGUAUAGAAGGUCG